AUGGCGCUCAAGCACCUACUCAACGACGACGAUGUCGUCAACUUUCACCACGAGAGACACAGUCCGCAUCUCAACUGGUUCCAGCAAGAUUCCUUGGAUCAGUAUGCGAUAGACGCUAGGAUCGGGCGCGAGGCUGAUGAUCGUAGUUUUACGGCGGCUCUACCAACUCAAUCCUGGGAUCAAUACGUGGACGAACUGCUUGGGUCACAGGACGCACAAUGCGACCCACUACUGGAUGGAAUCGACAUUAACGGCUCCUUUCAAGAGACGAGUCGCGAUAUUGAAGACUGGACGACCGGGCAAGCGCAGCAUGAGUCCACUGAGCAGACUCUAGCUGAGCAGGAACAUAUCUGUUAUGGCAUGAUUUUUAGAGCCGCUGUUCGCCUCCGAGGCGACAUGGGGGAGCUUCAUCGUAAGCUCAACAACAUCGCAUCAUCCCCGAUCACAGGCCAUGCGCGAAUGAUGAUCAUCAAACCCGAAGCCCAAUUCGUUGUAGCUUUCCCCGAAGGGGGUGUCAUUGGAGAUGUGAACGCCCAGUUAGACGGAGCAUUAACGAGCAUCGCAGAACAAGGCUAUGAGAUCGAUCUGGAGGUCUUUGCUCCAACGGUUGUCAUCCAGGAGACUAUAGGUCGCGCCACGAAGGACAAAGAAGCCGUAGUAAGGGUCCAGAUAAAUGUGUACGGCCCAUCUACAGCCGCUUGCGACAUUGGCAAGGAGUUGUCGCAGCAAAAGAUCUACCUGCAACGCCCUGUAUACAUACGAGAUGGUUAUCGAUACGAGAAUCCCCAUAUUCUCACCCUCCCUGGCUUCCAAGGCUCGACACCUGAGAUACCAACCAUCACAGAAGAACCUUUGCCUGACAAGGUCGGUCUGCAGACAUUGAGAAGCACCCUCCAAAAUGUGUAUUCCUCUUUGACGCGAGAUCGCAACCUGCACGGGUUAGAGGGUGACGAGCGCCUCAAUACCGAUCUUUUGUUGCACCAGAAGACAGCACUUUCUUUCAUGAUGCAGCGCGAAGACGGGCCCAUACCAGAGGAGUACACACUCUGGCGGCCGAGCGAAGAAGAUGGAGUCCAAUGCUAUCGUCAUGUUCUGACGAAAGGACGUUCCAUGGUUGAGCCUAAGGAAACCGGUGGUGGUAUCCUGGCAGACGAGAUGGGGAUGGGAAAGACUCUCUCUGUACUAGCACUUGUACUACGGACGCUAAACACUGCGCACGAUUGGGCUAUCCGCAUCGAUGAUCUGAACGAUGCGAGUUCGGAAAUACCAAAGAAGAGACGCCGCUCUGGAGCGACCCUGAUCGUUGCAUCAUCAGACCCUGCUUACCUUGAAAGGCAUUUUGACGAGCCUACCCGUAAAGCCUUGAAAGCGAUCAAGUACCACGGCCCUCAUCGACACGUUUCACUGGAGAGGCUCAUGGAGGCAGAUAUUGUCAUCACUACUUAUCAUACGCUCGCGUCAGAUUUUGCCAGGACCAAGCACGAGUUGAGGCAUAUUGAAUGGUAUCGUCUUGUCAUCGAUGAAGGUGAGCAAGCCACCACUUGUUGA